UACGAUGGCGACCGACCGGUCGGCGGUGCUGCUGCUCCUGGCGUGCUGCCUGCUGGGGCUGGCGCGGGCCGUCUCCGUCUGGCGCGAGGCUACCAAUGAGAUCUCGGGCUACCCGGAGAAGCGCAGCCUGAUGACCUGCAAGAGGUUGGCGGUGUGCGGCCUGGUCCAGGCCAACGCCUGGGGCAUCAACGCUCAAUCUUUCUGCGACUGUCCGGGCCACGAGCCGUGUCCGCUGCUCUGGGACCCGGAGGACGGCCGCUCCGUCACCCAUGGCUCCAACCAGUACAAGUACUGUCGCGAGGCGCCCGAGCUGGCCGAGUGCGAGCCGGGCCAGCAGGCGAUGACCGACGAGCUGGUCAGCCACCGGGACGAGAGUAUGGCCAUGGCGCAUCACGAGUACAUCCACUGCCGCUGCCCGGCCGGCCACCAGCUCAAGCAGACCGACUCCCAGUGGCAGGAGACGGCAGACAGCGAUGUCAUGCUCACCACCAAGGCCUGCACCAAGAUGCCGGAGUGUGAGGCAGGCCAACACUGCAAGUUCGUCACGCAGAGCGCCGGCACCAGCGAAGUCACCAGCCUGGUGCAGGUCAAUUGCGCGUGCGCAUCGCACCAGACGUGCCCGACGCUGACUGACCGGCACAUCGAGACGCAGGCGUUCGGCCGUGGCAAUCUGCACUCCAUCCUCUGCCGGUAGAGGGCCAGCGGCCAUCCAGAGGCGGCAGCCGGCACCCGGGGCCGAUCCUGACACCGCCCCGGGCGACAGUCACCGGCAGCCGUGCGCAGGACGGCGGCACACGGCCGGCCGGCGGCCGUGCGGGCAAGGUGUGCGCGUGGAAAUGUAACGCAGUUCUCUGGCCGCGCGUGGAUUCGGUUCAGAAAAACAAGGCAGUCAUCAGAGAUUGAAGCGGCACUCUGAAUAAGAUCCGAGCGUGCUGGGGAUCUAAAAGGGUGCUGGAAUGAGAUGAAGUCACAGCUCUUCCGCAUACUAAGAUGUUUCAAAUCUGUACCCUACAUAAUUAGACGAGAAAAUCAUCUACUCGAUGUGCAUCCACAAAUGAGGUACUGAUGAUGCGUGUCCGUAAUGCGUAAACGCAUCUUUUCUGAGGGAAGUGAUGUUUGGACGUUGUUCUCGAACAUGUUUUCCCGAAAUAUACUUUCAUCAUAUCUAA